CUCUUCCCAAACAAGCGGAAUCACUAUACCCAACUCUCUUAACGAGUCAAUAUACACUCUGAAGACCUCCAGGUAGGUUUCUUCAUUUGGAGUUUCACUUCCUCUUCUGGCAUUCAUUCUACCCUACAACCCUGAGCCUGAAAGCCUACAUCUGCAGAAGGGUAAAAACGACGUCAUCGGAUUGUGGAGAAAACUCCGUACGUGUACGAGUGACACUACACUACUCUACCCGAGUACAAACCCUCUCAAGAUCAAAUAACACGAGAUCUCACACGAACAACACUCUCACCUCAUCAAUUGACUAACGAAACACCCAGUCGCCAUCAUGACGACCUUCAUCUCCCAAAUCACCCUCCCAGCGGCGAUUUUCGCCAACCCAGCAGCUUCAAUCCUCCUACCAAUUGCCCUUGGUACCGGAGUCGGGUUCUCAAUCAGUCGUAAGCCCUCCUUCCCAACUCCACCUUACCCCAAAACUCAUUCUGACACUCUCCCAGCCAAGGACACCCAAAAGAAAUACCUCGCUCUCAAACAACCACCCUACCGUCCCCCUCCCUGGGUAUUCGGUCCCGUAUGGACUGCCCUCUACGGCCUCAUGGGCUACUCCGCCUACCGAGCCCACAGCACGGGAAUGCACUCACUUGCCUCUGCAGAAAAGCACGUCCUGACGAAACACGGAGCAACACUCUACACCAUUCAACUAGGACUCAACCUCGUCUGGACGCCGCUCUUCUUCGGUCUCAAGCGUCCCAUUGAAGCCACUGCCGAUAUUGUCACCCUCACCGGUGUCGUUGGUUACUUGACGUAUACUUGGGGCCAGGUUGAUGCCGUUGCUGGUUGGUGUUUGGCUCCGUACUUGGGAUGGUUGGGAUUCGCGACGUAUUUGUGUGCCGGUGUGGGAUACUUGAAUGAUUGGAAUAUGGCGGAUAAGGAGGUUGAUGCUAGCCCUGCUUAUAAGGGUACUAAAUACGUUGAUGAGAAGAAGGAGUAGAUGUUUACGUUCUGCAAUGAUGGAUUAGUUGUUGUCACGUGGCAAGUCACGAGGGGCGC